AUAUCGUUCGACCAGUAACAGUCCAUUGACGUUUGGCGCGGGUUGUUAUGGAAUAAUGUUUAAUACUCCUACAUGAAUCGUGUGGAAAAAGAUAUCAAUGAAGACUUGCUGUGUUUUUGUGGGAAUAAAACAUGACUUUCAAACAAGAAAUUAGUGUGGAUGCAAUGGAUUCUUGUCGCUGUCUAAUCCUAAAAGAAGAGUUCAGAUUGCGCAAUUUAUCAUUAAAAAACAACAAAGCAAAAGCUUUCGUGACUUCUCAGUGCGGACCACGGUUUUUCUACCCUGUAUGGACAACAUUUUGGGCACUGUAUCACCUGUUAAACCUUCUGCUCAUGCCUUACUAUUCUACAGAAUGGCCAAAUAACCUAGCUUGGCCUUUGUAUUUGACAAACUUAGGAUACGCAGUGCUAGGAAUAUUUUCAAUUUCUGAUUGUGUUGCCACUAUUUACGUGCAUAUAAAACGACCGGAUAUUUUGUCUGGGAGUGCGAGUGAAUCUCCAUGGUACCUUCAGUUGGUGUGGUGUCUAUACAAUAUCAAUAACGUGGUGGCCCUAACGAUAUCUCUGUCAUAUUAUGGUCUCCUUACAGUCAGUUUUGAUCCACCAAGCAUUAUCACUCAUAUGAUGAACGCUUUCUUCACAUUUGCCAACAUUUUAGUAUGUGCCAAGCCAACAAAACUCUUACACGCAUACCAACCUCUUCUGUUUUCUGCAUCCUAUCUCAUUCUCUCCCUUAUUUAUUACGCCGCGGGAGGAUCAGCGAUCUACUCUGUGUUGGACUGGAACAAUUUAUCAGUGGCUCUUCCAACGGGACUGGUUGUAGCAUUCGUUUUAGGAUUACUGGUGCAUCUUUUUGUGUUUGUAUUGUUUAAAAUUCGUGUGCUAUUUCAUGAGAGACUCUGUAGUCAGACAAAAGUUGACGCAAUACAAGUGUGCAUCGUUGAAAAGGAAAAGGAAAAAUAUGCGAUUGAAAUUCCUAAAAAAGUUGGACCAUAAUAUACAUACUAAAUGUAUAUAAUUUGAAAAUACUACCUCUUGUAAUUUAUUUAUGUCUGUUAUGUU